AAUUCUAUCCAAUCAGCUUUGUCUAAAAGCAUGUGUACUGUUUGAAAGGUAAAUAAUAUUUAGUAAUAAUUUCAUUACGAAAAUUUAUAUUAAUGGUAUCGAAAAUUUAAUUUGAGAAAAAAAUGGAUUUGGAUACUGCUUAUAUUGAACCAUUACUGGAAGACUGGUUGGAUGGUCUUCAAGCAGUUAUGAAAGAACAGGAAAAUCUUGUUAAAGGCAAUGAUGAAUUUUACAUGCCAUUUGUAGCCAUACCAGCUCCAAUUAUUAGUGCAAUUUUUAAAAUAACAAAACACCUUGAUUUGGGACCAGAUACUAAAUAUAUUGCCAUUCAUCUGUACGACAAAUUUAUGUGCAAUUAUUUUUGGGAAGUGUACAAAGAUGAAACUACUGAGCAAACAGAAAAUUCUUGGUCAAAAGUUUGUAAGAAGAUAUCCAGUCAAUCAAAAUUGUACCUCAUGUCAUGUUUGCAAUUAGCUAGUAAAAUGGACUCGCACUCAACAAGUUUAGGAAUAUCGCAAGUACUUAACAUUUUACGAUGGAUCGACAAAAAAUCAGAGUAUACAAAAAGUAUAAUUUUCUUAUCAGAAUUUAAAGUAUUUAAAAUGGUAGGAUUUAGAAUGCCAUUUUGUACACCGUUGAAUUGUAUAGAAAUUCUUUUAGCUGCAACAGGUCUUAUGAAUAUGCCAAACAUGCAAGAUCUAACUACAAGUUUGUUGGAUUCAGUUUAUUUACAGCGGGAAAAACUGUACUCUAAUUUACAAUGUUUAGUACAAGGGCAUACUGCGACAACCGAUCAAGAAAAGAGGUAUCUUAUAACGUUGGAAUCCAAUACAUUAUUUUUGGGAGCUUCGGUAGUUCUUUGCGGAACAUUCUUCUCACGUGUGGACAAUGAAACAGCUAAAAUUAUCGCCUUAAAGUUAUCAGAAUUAGUAGAUAUAAAAAAGGAUGAUAUCUGGAAUAUGGCCAGUAUACUUCUUGUGAUGACACUUCAAGAAUAAAUGUAAUUUACAGAAAUAUAUAAAAUAUUUCAAUAAUUAUUGUCACUUUUCAAUCCGGGCAACUCUCGAUUUAUAAACAUUUGCUACAGUGAAUAUCAUCAUUCAUAAAAUAUUUCUUCAAGUUGCUGAUAGAUACCAUAACCAAUUUUGUUGUCAUUUCGGUCGUCAUCUCGAAAUUACCACGUGCUCGAUUUCACAACUACUACGUUGGAUAAAAUAAUACUUGAAAAACUAAUUGCAACUGUAAUUGUAUCAAUUACUCAUUUUUUUUUGUUGCUAAAAAUCAUAAUCAAAUAAUAAUUUAAGAAUUUUAUAAUAGAAUAGUGUAUCGUUAUUAAUACUUUCUGUAUUUGAGUUUUGUUUUGACUAGGACGGAGUGGGAAAGAACUAAAAUUUGAAAUUGAACGUAGAGAAAUUGAAAACCCUAGGUUUCGAAUAAAUCUGAAGUUUGUCAAUGUGUUUGUCUCGUUUCUUUCUUUGAAAAAUGUUAGAAAGAGGAAACAAGACAAACAUAUCAGCAAACUUGAGAUUUAUUCGAAGCCUAGGGUUCUGCUUGUCACUGGUUGCCACUGGUUACCACCAGAUUGGGAUUGGGUGGAUUGGGUGCUGUUGUGUGCCCGAAUGGCCGUUUAGCACCGUUUAGUGGACGAAACCUGGUAGCGGUAGCCUUCUGAGUGCACCCACUGGCGCACCCAGCGUCACUUAUUUGAACAAAAUGGGAGCGUAAAAUUGCGUUGGCUAUUAUUUUCGUAAAUAAUCGAUGUUACAAUAAUUGUCUGUAAGAUGGUCACAAUCUCAUGUAUGACAUAAUACCAGCACAGAUCUAUAUAUGAACUUUAAUACACAAAACAUGGCUGGUACUACUUGGUCGGAAGACGAAAUUGGACAAAAAUGGGAUCGAUGUUUCACAGAUGCUCUUUUUAAAUUCGGAGGUGGAGUUUUCCUUGGUGGUGUAUUCUCUCUAUUUUUCUUCAAACGAAGACAAUGGCCCAUUUUAACUGGUGCUGGUUUUGGACUAGGUAUGGCUUAUGCAAAUUGUCAAGAAGAUUUGAAUUCAUCAGUGAGAUCACAACGAAAGCCCAAAGAUUGCAGCAAGGUUGUAUCCAAA